AUGAAUAAAGAUGAUGUUAUAAAUUUCUUAUAUCCCGCAUCUAAAAAAGAAAAACCUAAAGAACCUGAUGUUUUCCCUGAAUAUUAUGAAGAACGAAUUAAAGAUGAUGAAUAUGAUGAAAUUGAAAGACUGGAAAAAAUAAGAGAUGAAAUAGAUGAAAAAAUUAAGGAAUUAAGAGAAGUUGAAAAAUAUAAUGAAAAUGAAGUAGAGGGUUUAAUGAAUAUCCCAGCUUCAGAAUCAGCAGUCCAGAAAUCUCAUGAAGAAAGAUAUAAAAAUUAUGUCUCAGAAUCAACACAAAAUUUAUUAGAUGGUGAAAUAGACGAAACACUUUCAGAAGAAG